AUGUUAAUGGAAAUUCGUCAAAAUGUAGAUACCAGUCCUAAAUCCUACGUUUUUCUGUUUGAUAUUAACCAGUGGAAUAAAGCCCAAAUGCCAUCAAUUAUCAACCAUAUUAAAAUAUCAAAUUCUUAUGCUUGUUUUGUGAAAUUGCCCAAUUAUGCCAGUUAUUUAGAUUUUAAUAUUUCUAACAAAACAUUGCGCCCAUUUGGCUCUAAUUUCAGAAAUAAUUUUAAUAUACUCCAUUAUCCAUCUUCAAUUUAUUUUGAAUGUGAAUGCUUAUUAGACACCAAAAUUAUUAGAUUUAAACAUGUUGGUGUUCAACAAGAAGUUUUAGAUAAAUUGAUUUUAAACAGUUGGAGUUUAUUUGAAAACCCAAAUUUAAUAUUCUGUCAGUGCUUACAAACAAAUUUAAAACCAUUAUUUUGGGAUAAAACAUAUGAUUACAAAAACUACACUUUGCUCGAUAAAUUAAGUUUUGUAGUAUCUAUCAUAGUAGAAAACAACAUUAUGUCAGUAUUUGAUGAAUGUGUUAAAAAAUGGAAAAAUGGAACUCAUAGUGAACGUAUAAUUCUAUAUUUAGUGGAAUGUCUUUGGAACCAUGUCAUGCUUGUCAAACAAUAUGCUGAUCAAUUAUGUAUUCCAUUAUUUAAUGGUUCUGGUGCGAUGGUUGGUAAAAAUAAUGUGAUGAUGUUAAAUGAAUGUUUGUCUCAAAUGUUAAGUGUUGAAAAUAUCUUCAAACGUAUGCAGUUUACGGACUGUGUUCAAAUAAUAAAUGUUGACAUGGUUAUUCGAGUGAAAAUUUUAAAUUUAGUCACUCAAUAUUUUAAUGCAAUAAUAUAUUUUCUCAACUUUCAAAUGUUACCAAAACCAAUUGAAGAAUAUCCUACUCGUCAAAUUAUACUAUGUGAUUUUACUUCCCUCAUCCAGUAUGCUAAUAAACGUCGAUUGGAAUUUGGAAAUUUGCCAUUAUAUCUUAUUGACGCUAUUGUCACUAACGAACCUAAUGGAAAUAAGUUAAUCGAACAAUGGAAACAAGAAUGUAUUGAAGAAACUAAAGGCUUGUAUCCACCAACUAGUGUCCAAAGUCUGUUAAGGAUUUAUUUGAAUGCUGAACUCUCUAACCGAGUCAAAGAUUUCAUUACUAUUUAUUUUUUGAUUGAUGUCUGUUCUGUGCAAAAGAUGAAUGAAAUAACUGCAAAUAUUUUUAAUGAUACUUUUGUUAAAAAUGAAGAAUUAUAUAAACUUUGUUGUGCUAGCUGGCUUUUUGAUCAUGACAUGUUUGAAGAUGCUAUGCUUAUCCUUGCCAGUAAUAAUGAGUGGAUGGUUAAUGAAAAAUCUUGGAAUUGGUAUCACUGGACUGUCUUAAAAUUAUUUGUUUUUAAAAAACAAUAUUAUUGGGCACAGGUUUAUUUAGAGCUCUUUGACAUCAAAUUAGUCAACCUUGAUGAUCAUAAAUUUUAUGUUAACUUACAAAUCAUGAAUAACCACUGUUUUGAUGCUUUAUGUCAUUUGAAUUCAAGAAACAUUGAAGAAAAAAUGAUAUUGUUUGAAUACAUUUUUGAUCGAUGCAGGCAUACCAAUCAAUUAAAAACAUUCUUAAGUUAUCCUUUGGAUCCAGAUGAAAAAAAAUUAUUUUUUUCUUGUUUAAAAAAAUUUGAAGACACUAAAUUAAUUCAAUUUAUGUUUUUAGUACAAGAAAAAAGGUACUUUGAAGCUUUAGAACUAAGUAAAUCGUUGAAAGUCAAAACUAAUUCAAAACAUGAUUACAUUCUUACAAUGGCUAAUGUUUUAGUUGGUAAAAUUAAAGAUAACAUAUCUUCAAAUAACAAAAAUGAUCUUAACAAAAAAGUAUUUUCAAAUGAAGAAAUUAAGAUGACAUUUAUGAAUCGUUUUAUGGAUAAUCAUAUUAAUAUGAAAGAAUCAAAUACUUUUAGAAGUUAUGGUGACUUGUGUCAAAUUAAUCUUAUUGUACCAGAUGAUGACUUAGUUGACAAAACACAAGGUCUUAAAGAAAAAGUUUCAACAAUAAAUGGAGUAUUGAGUACCUUAAAAAUGGAAACUGUGAAACAAGUUGAAAAUAAACUGCUAAAACUCCUUGACACUCCGUUCAUUCACGACAUCAGAACUCUACCUUCUGUUAAAAGUGUGGCAGUUCCAAAGAAGAAAUCUGCAAUAGAUAAUAUGCUUUUAUCAACAAUAAAAUUAGACAAGACGUUUCAAACUUUAACAUUUGGUCUACCGGAUCAUGUUGAUAGUAAGGUUAACAAAUUCAGUCACGAAGAGGGCAUGAGCAUGAAAAACAUUAUUCCUGAAUAUGUAAACGUCAGAUAUAGUGAUACCAAUAAUUUACCAAUUAAUAUGGUAACGGAACAAUCACCAAUCACUUUUCACAAGUUAAUCAAAGAUAAUUCUAAAAUAAAAUUAUUAGAAACUGCCCCUAUACCUUAUACUGUAGAUAAAGAAGAGUAUGAACAAAUAGGUAUUUCUGACAAUGACCCUGGUGUCUUACCUGAUGGUGAAUAUAAACACUUUUUUGAAGAACUAGAUGUCCUACUUGAUAGUGCAAUUGAUAAAAACCAUUCAGAAGAACUAAAUAACAUACUUGAAGUUGAAAUUGAUGACAGUUUAAAAGAAUCAGAUGUAAUACUUGAAGGUGAAAUCUAUGAACAUGUAAAAAAACCAGAUAUCAUUCUUGAUGAUGACAUAGAAAGUAUACAUAUGAGUAUAGAAAACCAUUUAGAUGAAACAAACAUUUUACCUGAUCAUGAAAAUGAAGACAAUUCUGAAGAACCAGACUUCAUACUUGAUGAUGAAAAUAAUUAUAAUAGGUUAGAACAACCUGAUGUCAUACUUAAAGGUGACAUUGGUAAAAAUUUAAAAGAAUCAGAGUUCAUACUUAAUGAAUACAAAAGUGUAGAAAACAAUUCAGAUCAACUUAGUGUCACACCUGAUGUUGAAGAUGAAGACAAUUUCGAAGAACCUUAUGUCAUACUCGAAGGAGAAAAUUAUGAAUAUGUAGAAGAACCAUAUAUCAUACUUGGCAAUUCAAAUUAUACUAAAAACUCAGAACAACCAGACAACGUAUUCGAUGAUGACAUAAGUGUAGAAAACCAUCCAGACAUUAUUUUACCUAAUGUUCAAAUUGAAGACAAUUUAAAAGAAUCAGGUGUCAUACUCAAAGGUAAAAAUUAUGACUAUGCAGAAAAACCAGACAUCAUACUUGAUAAUUCAAAUGAUACUAACAAUUCAAAACAACCAAAUGACUUACAUGAUGAGAACAUAAGUUUAGAAAACUAUUCAGAUCAACAUAGUGACAUACCUGAUAGUGAAAAUGAAGACAAUUUAGAAGAAUCAGAUGACUUACUUGAUGUUACAAAUUAUCAUACAAAUUCAAAACAACCUUAUGACUUACACGAUGAGAACGUAAGUGUGGAAAACCAUUCAGAUCAACUAAGUAUUGAACCUGAUGGUGAGAAUGAAGACAAUUUAGAAGAAUCAGAUGUCAUUCAAGAAGGUGAAAAUUAUGAAUAUGACGUAGAAGAACCAGAUAUCAUUCUUAAUGAUUCAAAUUAUACUAAAAAUUCAGAACAACCAGAUGACUUACAAGAUGAGGACGUAAGUGUAGAAAACCAUUCAGAUCAACUAAGUAUCGAACCUGAUGGUGAGAAUGAAGACAAUUUAGAAGAAUCAGAUGACUUACACAAUGAGAACGUAAGUGUGGAAAACCAUUCAGAUAAACUAAGUGGCAUACCUGAUGGUGAUAAUGUAGACAAUUUAGAAGAAUCAGAUGUUAUUCAGGAAAGUGAAAAUUAUGAAUAUGACUUAAAAGAAUCAGAUAUCAUUCUUGAUGAUUUAAAUUAUACUAAAAACUCAGAACAACCAGAUGACUUACAAGAUGAGGACGUAAGUGUAGAAAACCAUUCAGAUCAACUAAGGAUCGAACCUGAUGGUGAGAAUGAAGACAAUUUAGAAGAAUCAGAUGUCAUUCAAGAAGGUAAAAAUUAUGAAUAUGACGUAGAAGAACCAGAUAUCAUUCUUGAUGAUUCAAAUUAUACUAAAAAUUCAGAACAACCAGAUGACUUACAAGAUGAGGACGUAAGUGGUGUAGAAAACCAUUCAGAUCAAGUAAGUAUCGAAUCUGAUGGUGAGAAUGAAGACAAUUUAGAAGAAUCAGAUGUCAUUCAAGAAGGUGAAAAUUAUGAAUAUGACGUAGAAGAGCCAGAUAUCAUUCUUGAUGAUUCAAAUUAUACUAAAAACUCAGAACAACCAGAUGACUUACAAGAUGAGGACGUAAGUGUAGAAAACCAUUCAGAUCAACUAAGUAUCGAACCUGAUGGUGAGAAUGAAGACAAUUUAGAAGAAUCAGAUGACUUACACGAUGAUGCAAAUUAUCAUACAAAUUCAAAACAACCUGAUGACUUACAAGAUGAGAACGUAAGUGUGGAAAACCAUUCAGACAAACUAAGUAGCAUACCUGAUGGUGAGAAUGAAGACAAUUUAGAAGAAUCAGAUGACUUACACAAUGAGAACGUAUGUGCCGAAAACCAUUCAGACAAACUAAGUGGCAUACCUGAUGGUGAGAAUGAAGACAAUUUAGGGGAAUCAGAUGUCAUACUUGAGAGUGCAAAUAAAGAAAAUUCAGAAGAAGCUUAUGCAAGAGAACAAAAUAUAAUAACAUCGUUUGAAACUCUCAUAAGCGAGAAAACACCAGAAAAUAAUGUUAUGGCAGACCAUGAUAAUUUAAUAUGUCCAACAGAAUCACAAUCUAACGUGUUGGAAAAUCUUACUCCUAAUAUGUAUGGCCUCACUGAAGAGAAUCGUUCAAAUGAUGACAACCAAAUAAUAAUUAUUGAAAAAGAAAAGGAAAAUGAAAAUUAUCUUAGUAAUAUAGUUGAUGGUGACCAGACUUCAGUUGUAAUUAAAGAAGUUGAUAUUGCUGAAGUAGUAGAAAAUACAGAAAGAUACAAUAAGCCAAUUACUCCUAUUAAUUUUCAAAUCGUUGAAAAUCCCAAAGAAGAUUUAUGUAAUGAUCAGAAUGAAGAUUAUCUUUAUGAUGAGUAUCAGUUUUCCAACAAUUAUAUUUUGUCGGAAUUGUCAACUAUUGAAUUUAAUCCUAUACCUGAAUAUGGUUUUAAUCAUCUUACUAUGACCGGAAAUGAAUCAAAUCAACUAGAAAUGUAUGAAACUAAUCAACCAACAUCAGUUUUGUUAAAUGAAUCAUUUUUUAACAAUAUAAGUUUAGGAACAACAGGUGAUGUUAUUGAAACCCGAGAUACAGUUGUGGACAACAACAUAGAAAUAGUUGUAGAUAAGAUAUCAGAGAAUGUUGAACCAUCUUCUUCUAAUACAACUAUUAAUACUAAUUCAUAUAAUAAAGAAAUAAAAUCCUAUCAACUAGUUGAAUCUAAAGAUAUUGCUUUUCAACAAGUUGAUACUAAUAUAUUAAACUCUGCAAAAAGAGAGCAUGAAGUUGAAAUACAAAAUAGCUGUCCUUCCGCAGCAUCAGAACCUAGUAAAACACUAAUUAUUAAAGAAUUUUCAACAAAUAGUAUGUUAUAUAAAGACAUUUUAAUUCAAGAAGAAACAUCUAAAUUAGUUAAUUUUAUUAAAAGUAAUUCAGGUAUUGAAAGUGGAAAAAAUUUGGCAGAAAAUAUACACAAUUUAAGUACAGAUAAAAAAAAUGAGCAACCAUUUAUUGAACAAAAAACUAAAAAUAUUCCUAAUCUCCGAAAAAGAAGAUACGGGACCAAAUGUGUUCCAUGUUCUGACACUAAAUUAACUACAAAAUCAAUGUCUGAAAGUAAAACUAAACAAGUCAAAUUGAAAAUUAUUUCUUCAAAUAUUUCCUCCCCCACUUCUGAUGUUUUGGAAGACUGUUUAGUGAGUAUGUCAAAGAAGAGACCAAAAUGUCAGAAAAAAGUUGCCUUGAUAAAACGUAGAAGGACAUGUCCAAAGUAUGUGGCUUCUAACAGCAAUAUUAACUUAGAGCAAAUAUCUGGAGAAAGUUCAUCAAACAAAGAUAUAAACGUUAAGAAAAUUGAAGAAUUGCUACCAAAGAAUUUACAUAAUAAAGAUACAGAAUCUUUAGAAGAACUGACAAAAUUAGCCAUGCCUAUUAAGAUUAAACCAGAAGCUAAAAACAACAACAAAAUACUAAAUCGAAAUGUAUUUUCUCGUACAAAAAAUAUUAACCAUAAAUUUUUUCUAGAACCUAGAGUAAUUCUCAAGAAGUUUGAUGUCAGUUUAUACAAAAACCGUUUCAAACUACUUGCAAUGGACAAUAAUAAUAGUCAUAUCUCAUUAUCAACUAACAAAACAAAUAGUCAAAAACCUAUUGCAUUGAAAAGACUUAAAAAAGCAUGUUUAAAAUCUAUGAAAGAACCAACGGCUGCUAAUACAAUAAUCAACUUGGAAGAGCUAAAAGAAGAUUCUAUCAAUAUUGAUAAAAAUAAAGCUGUAACAAAAAAAUCAAAAUUAAAUUCAUACAUGAUAAAAAAAGUAGAACUUGACAAGAAUUUAAAAUCAAGUUCAGAUCGACGUGUUGUGACUUUAUCGCCUGAUCCAAUUAACUGUUUAAAUAAAAUACACAAUAGUUUAAUCGAAGAAACUAUUAAUUUAAUUUCUGAUGAUGAAUUUGUGUCAGAUAAAGUUCAAGAAGAAAUGUGUGAAAUAAAUUCAGAUAAAGCAAAAUUAGAUUGGAGGAUAAUAUCUCGUGAAGUCAAAACAAAUACGAACGCUAUACCUAAAAUUCGAAUAGGGCGAAAUAAAAGUGAAUUAAAUACCAUAUCUAUUGGCUCACAGUUGGACUUUGAUGCUGUUAAGCGGAGCUCAACAGUUGGCCUGGAACAAGAACUGGGUCUUAUAAAAAAAUCAAGUGAAUCAAAAAAACUGAAAUUCAAUCAGCAAGUUUAUCGUAGAUCUUCAAGAAAAAUUUUUCAAAAAAAAAAAUGUUCUUGUUGCACUAAUAAACUGAUGGAUGAUGUUUGCGGUUCUAAUGUAUUAUGA